ACGCCCUUGGCGGAGUUAAAUGAUCAGACUGGAAAAACCUACCGUCCGAACCUUGCUCCUGGGACUGCUUGUCAUUGGCGCCUACUAUUGCAUCCACAGGGGUGUUGUUACUGACGUCAUGUACACACCUCUGGCCAGCUCCACGGCACUGCAUUCCACAGAUGACUACGGGGCAACUACAACGGCCAAGCCUAAGAGGCCACGCUACAUCGUAGACACUCCUGGCUGCAAGAUCCCGAAUUUCGACCCUUUCGACGAGAGUGUACGCGGAUAUUAUAAAAAAGUGGGCCCGUACAGUUGCAAAGGCAAGCCUUCAUUUAUUCGACUCAUUAACGGGACCACACCAGUGGUCGAUGAGCGAUCGCUGUUGAAAACUUUCAAGUUCAAACCAAAAAAUGUGCGGUGCACUUAUAGAGAAAUAUACCGGAACGAAUCAUUAAAAGUGCCUGAUGAUGCCUUUUUUUUAAAGCCCGAAGUUCAACUUCAGUUUGGCGAACCACUGAAGGUCGAGUUCGCACACGUACAGUGCUACCAGGGGGCUAACAACAGCCUGUUCCACCAGGAGUACCUGCUCGUGCCGCUGCUCAAGAAAGACGUCGAAGAACGCUGCGAGCAGGCACGCCACGACGCUAGAGACAAAGGAAGUGGACUAAAUAUCCUCGUCCUUGGACUUGACUCCGUGUCUCGCCUCAAUUUUAAGCGGCACUUCAACGAGACCGGCCGCUACGUGCACGACGUACUUAAGGGUUACGAGCUGAUGGGUUACAACAAAGUGGGCCUUAAUUCGUAUCCAAAUCAAACACCUCUCCUGACAGGGCUGAGUGGAAGUGAAGCGAAGAAUGCUACGGGGGGCAAGUUCUUCGACACGCUGGACUUUCUGUGGAAACAGUACGCAAAAAAGGGCUACCGCACCGUGUUCCACGAAGAGCAGCCAAAGUACGGCCUCUACAGUUACGUGGGCGACGGAUUGAGGCACGCGCCGACUGACUACUACACGCGUCACGCUGUCAUGGCCAUAGACAAGUCGAAACUCAAGAAAAAUUCCUACUGUCUUGGAGCGAGGCCACCGAUGGAGCUUUACCUGGACUACAUGUUGGGCUUGCUCAAAGCGCUCGACAAGCGACCCUUCUUCGCUUACUUCUGGAUGAGCGAGCUGGCCCACGACCACCUGAACAUGGCGGGACACUGCGACGUUCCGAUGAGAGCAGCCCUAGGCAGGCUCCACGAAAGCGGCAUCCUAAAUAACACGGUCCUUGCCUUCAUCAGUGACCAUGGCCUCAGGUUUGGAUCGCUGCGGCGGACAUACAUUGGCAGGUUCGAAGACAGCCUACCGUACGCGUUUCUCGUGUUUCCGCCCUGGUUCCUGAAGCAACACCCACGCUUUGCUACCGCACUCGAGUUGAACCAGAGGCGACUGUCAACUCAUUACGACAUGCACGCGACGCUGUUGCAACUGCUCCACUCUGGACUGCCACACACGGUGACGGCGCACGGCCAAAGUUUGUUGCAAGAGUUACCUGUGGCGAGGACUUGCGCCAACGCUUCCAUACCGACUCAGUUCUGCGCGUGCGUAGAGACGGAGCCAUUUCCCGUGAGCCAUCCGCUGUCACUAACAGUCGCUCGUUUUGUGGUCGCCAGCGUCAACAGUCUCGUCGAGAAACACCUCUCUGCCAAGUGCACCCCUUGGGUACUCACGUCAGUGAUAGCAAUCCAUUUUUAUCCUCGUCCCGCGGUGUCCGGGAACAGAACGGACAGUGACUACUGGGUCAAGUUCUCUGCAGCGCCAGACGACGCUCUAUUUGAGGCGACUGUGCGCCACUCCAUCGACUCGAAGGCGUCCACUUUCUCCUUGGUACAGCAGGCGGACAGGCUCGACUGGUACAGCUCACACUCGCAUUGCGCACGUGGUACCCGCUGGGAGAAGUAUUGCCACUGCAAAGGAGCAGUUACACCUCCGUGAAAAUCACCCUUUCUCGGGUAUGAGGACACUACCAAUGGACGACGGUGUUUCUGUCAGUGACGAAACCAUUACUACAGGAAUCUAUUGCGAUUGUUUAUGACCGGGGCUCAAGAGGAGAGGAAACUCACCGGCAGCCUACUCACGAAACGCCUAUGAGUGUCUCAGAUGACAAAGUGGUGCAAGGGGGAGGGAGUGCGUGUCUGUGACAGGAGCUGCAGGCUUUGAACUACUGAGACUAGCAGAGAGUAUGUAGAAAGGGAGCAGCAGAGAUGUCAUACUUUGUUACACUACAGUAUGCUUUAGGAAAAAACGUGCAACUCUUACUGGGGCCGCAAUUGGUAGUGCAUGCGCAUACCACUGGAAGGGCGGCGAGACCCAGCGUCAUCUGCUAUUUGUGCACUCACGAGCUAGACAAAUGCUGAAUGGGGUUGAAAAGCGGCUGAAUUUCCUCACAUUAUUUGUUUAGCCGAGCCUCUGCUGCUUAUCGGCUAUUUAUCACUACAGAAAGAAAAUAUACGGGUUUGUCUAUUGCUGCAGCAGCUUGCCAAUGCUACGUUGACAAGGUUUGCUCCCAGUUCUUGCUCCCACCAUCACAUGUACACAGAACUCCUUGAUGAUAUAUUGUAUAAACUGAACGUUGUGUUUAAUUAUUGUUUUUUGUUACAAUACAAGAACAGGAAAAAACCAAAAAAGUUUAUAGAACAACACGUGGAAGUCAGCGUGGAUCAGGAAGCUCAGUGGCUUAUUGAUCAAAUAUUUGUGAAAGAGGCUUCAUGCGCUAUUAACUCCUGAAGGACGGAAAUAUGGUCUACCGGCACACGUCCAUACACUGUU